UUGGUAAUCAGCAAUAGAAGGAAAUAAAAAUGGCGACCCGAAUCCAAUCGCUGUCCUCCAAAGAUAUUUUUGCUUUUUUGCCCCUUCAAGUGGUGGGCACUCGUUGCGAGCUUCAUCUCUGUGCCUCGACUCGGAUGGGGCUCCGCUUCAAGGGACCGCCUUCUUCAAGCUACGCUCCGCCUCUUCUCCUUCUCAGGCCGGACUUAUUCUCCUCUUCUUCCUCUGUAUAUUUGGUCCACACACUGAGAGACAGAGAAGUCUGUGUUAAAUUUGGACUUCUAUUGCACAAUACUGAUGAAGGGAAACUAUCUCAUGGUACCGCGACCUACAAAGCCAAAGCAUGUUCCUUUGGACAAGUGCAAAGUGUUGAACGAAUAAAGGUUAACUUGGAUAACUGCACUUCUAAAAUAUGCCAAGAUGUAGCCAAACAAAUUCUCAAAGGGGAGGAUUCUUCAUUUAUUCAUACAAAUUUGACCCUGAAGACUGCUGCAGAAUUAGCCUUACUAAUGGAAAACAUUGAUAGGAUAGAAGAUCUUAUUGUUGGAGCAGACAUGAUAAGGUUGGAAAAAGACAUUCUGACUCAUUUAAGAAGGCUUGGGGCCAUGAAAUUAUUUACUACCUGUUUCUCCAAGGCCGUCACAGAAACCAUAAUCCGGAGCUCAAACUUGGUGAAUAAGCAUCUUGAUGCAUAUCCCUUUGAGCUUCGCUUUGAUGAGAAAAAGGAUAACAUAGUUGUCCACUCUAACAAAAAGGAGCAAAGAAAAAAGAGAAGAGCACGAAGAUCGGAAAAGGUUUCAAGGAGAUCUGUUUUACAAAUACCAACAGAAUCUGGACACAAAGAUGAAUUAUUUUCAUUACGUAAAAGAGGUCUAGGAAAUUUUGCUGGUCUUUCUGGCUCAAAAAAAAGGGAAGUGAUUGCUAAAAACGAAUCAGAAAUGUCUAUGGGAGUUAAGGAAAUGGCAAAUCUAGAAAAGCUUUGCAAAAAUUUGGAGGAAGACAUGGGAAAACCACCCAGUUUUACGAGGUGGGCAGAAGCAGCAGGGCUCAAUCAGAAGACAUUACGAUCACGUCUUCAAUUUGGAUGGUAUUGCAGAGAUAAGCUUAUAAGGAGUACCCGCUCUCUGGUUAUCUUUGUUGCAAAGAAUUACAGAGGAAUGGGGAUUGCAUUUGAUGAUUUAAUUCAGGCUGGCUAUGUUGGAGUCCUUAAUGGCACAGAAAGAUACGACAUCGAGAAGGGAUAUCGCUUUUCAACCUAUGUACAAUACUGGAUUAGGAAAUCAAUAUUGGCAAUGAUAGCCUCGCAUUCAAGAACAGUAAAAGUGCCUGUAAGAAUGGAAAGCAUGAUCAAUCAAAUACAAAAAGUCAAGCGAAACUUCCAUACCUCAGAAGGAAAAUACCCAAACGAUGAAGAGAUAACAGAGUUAACUGGUCUCUCGCUAGCUUAUGUUAGACUCGCUAGCCAGUGCUCCAAGUCUGUCGGUUCAAUUGAGAAGGAAGUCAGGGAUGGAUGGACCACAACAUUUAUGGAAAUUACAGCAGACACUUCUGUUAAAAGUCCCUAUGAGUUCAUUGGGAAGGAGCAUGCAAGAGAACAAAUCUUAAAUCUUCUCCAAACUUUACAUCCUAGAGAAAGGCAAGUACUAGCUCUUCGAUAUGGUUUAGGAGAUGGGAGAUGCAGAUCGCUUGAAGAGAUUGGAAGGCUUUGCCAUGUUUCAAGGGAAUGGAUUAGAAAAAUAGAGAAAGAAGCUUUGUCAAAGAUCAGAAGCCAAGAAAUGCAAAAACGUUUGUCACAUUACCUUCAAUAGUCAUAUUCUAACCGAGAAUUGUUCUUUCCGGUAGUACUAUUUUACUAGGAUUUUUUCUCUCUUUAUUUAGAACUUUGUAGAUUUUACAUAGGAUAUUUCAUAUGUACAAGAUAAAUUUCUUUUCCAAGGAUGCUAUUCUGUAAAAUAUAUAAGUUUGAUUUGACAAUACUGGAAUUUUUCAUGUUUUCAA